CAACAACCUCCCCCUGACUUUGCUUGUCGGUAUCGUCACGAUUCUCCUUCAUCGGAGGCUGCUAAAACGCUGUCGAUACUGUUUGCGAUGAAGGCUCGCUGACCUCGGUCGCUGCGCUCUACCCAGCCAUGUAUCCGGCUUAUCGUGGCCUUCUGGCCCCCUUGCUCUCCAUCUAUCUUACUGUCCUCUUCCUGCUCGCUCCAGGCAACGCUUACCAGGCCAUCUCGGAUCAAACACUAGAAUCGCUUCCCCGUCCGAACGAUGACUUCGAUAUCCAUACCGGCGCCAUAUUGUCCCCAAUCCUGAGGCCUCGUGUGUCUGGGACCUCCGGAUCGACAGCCGUGCUGAACCACUUCGUCGACUUCUUCCGAAACUCGCUCCCCGGCUGGAAUCUUGACUUUCAGAACUCGACUUCAAAAACACCUGUGUCGAAUGGGAAGGAUGUGCCGUUUGUGAACUUGAUCGCAUCCCGUGACCCCCCGUGGGCGGCUCCCGGCGAUGUUGGCCGACUCACCCUGGUCGCCCAUUACGACAGUAAAUACGAGCCGGAAGGAUUCAUCGGGGCUAUUGACAGUGCAGCGCCUUGCGCGAUGAUUAUGCACGCCAUGAGGAGCAUCGAUGCAGCUUUGACAAAGAAGUGGGAGGCCAUGCAGGCACAAGGCGAAACAAAUCCAUUGGAUGAGCAGACGGGCAUUCAAGUCCUCUUCCUGGAUGGUGAAGAGGCCUUCAAGUAUUGGACCGACACUGACUCCCUCUACGGUGCUCGCUCGCUCGCCGAGCAAUGGGAUUCAGAUGUUCACCCAGCCAUGUCAAUCUACAAGACUCCCCUGGACUCAAUCUCCCUCUUCGUUCUCCUGGACCUAUUGGGCUCGAAAGAUCCGACAAUCCAGUCCUUCUUUCCCACAACACAUUGGGCAUACAAGAAAUUGGCUGCACUUGAGCGCCGUCUGCGACGGCUCAACCAAUUUAAGUCCGCAGGCAAUGAUCCCGACCGGCAGCGGCUGUGGUUCACGCAGGCCUCGAAAAGCGAGCAUGAAAUUCCUUACUAUUCCGGUAUCCAGGAUGACCACAUUCCCUUCAUGAAGCGCGGAGUAGAGAUCCUCCAUGUAAUCGAUGCGGGUCCCCAUGGAUUCCCGCCAGUCUGGCAUCGCAUUGAGGACGAUGGCGAACAUUUGGACCUGGCGACCGUAGAGGACUGGAGUUUGUUAGUGACUGCAUUUGCGGCGGAGUGGAUGGAGCUGGAGGGUUUCAUGCCCGGAUUUGAGCAGAAACCUCGGGAAAAUGACCAUGGAAAGAACAAGCGCACUGGCUACGAAGCCAAGACUGAACUGUAAGCAUUGUCUGAAU